GUGACGUCAUAAAGACCAGCGCGCAGAAAUUAGGCGAGACCAGAGGAGUCUGUUCACACUUCGCGGGGAAAAAAAAACUCACCAAAUGGCUAUUCCAAAUCGGGUGUGGAGGAAGAGAAUGGCGGCCUCCUCUUCCUCGUCCUCUGCGGGGGGUGUCAGCGCAAGCUCCGUCACCGGCUCGGGGUUCAGCGCCUCCGAGCUGAUCCCGCCCCGAAAGGUCCUCUACACCUACCCCAAAGGUGCCGGGGAAAUGAUGGAAGAUGGCUCUGACCGAUUUCUGUGCGAGUCAGUAUUCAGCUAUCAAGUUGCAUCAACUCUGAAGCAGGUGAAGCAUGAUCAACAGGUGUCCCGCAUGGAGAAGCUGUCCAGCCUUGUAGAAGACCUUGAAGCAGAUGAGUGGCGGUACAAACCAAUUGAACAGCUUUUGGGUUUUACACCCUCCUAAGAACACAGUUAAACAGGAAUUUGAAAGGAAGCGUUCUCUGAAUCAAAGACUGUUGAAUAAUCUGGUGAGCAUUUGGAAAUCUAGCUACCAGAUUGGGGGGGAAAAAUGAUUGUAGUGUUUCGUCUGAGUGUUUUAUGUUUGUUUUUUUUUUUAAACUAAAGAUGACAUCCCCUACAAAAAAAAAAAUCAGAUUUCAUUUCGGUUGAUAUACAAACCAAAAAGUAGUAUGAUACCCUUUUUAUAGAAUGUUAUCUGUCCAUUUCAACCUGUAUUUAAAAAAUAAAAACUUUUCUGUGAUUUAACUUCUAGAGAUUUGGAACCUAUUCUGGUCAUUUUAUUAAUUUCCCUUUGUUUUAAAUAUACCCUCCUUAACAAUAAGUGGUUAUAAACUCAAUAUCUAUCCAACAGAUGUGUUAUGUAUUAGAAUAAAUAGCUAAACAAAGUUAAUCACUGUGGGGAAAGCUUUGUUUUAAUAGCAAGCUCUUCUAUUAGCUGGUGUUAGGUCCACAUCUUUGUAACAAUUUCCCUGUGAUCCCAAAUUAGUUUUUGGCCCUGCAAUAACUUCAUUUCAGUAGAAUCCUUGGUGUAUGUUGGGAUGUUCUUGAUGGCACUGAGAAGGCGUGGAACAAUACAUUUUAAAUAUUUCAUCUGCUGUUAAAGAAUUGAAUCCUUGCGUGGGAAAAGAGAAUAUGGUCAUUGAAACCUGAAGUAAUGUUCUGCUGUUUGCAAACCUGUAAAAUAAAAUGUUUAAAAUCACUAGAACGGAUUUAGAAAUAGAAGUCUCUUAAAAUCUAAUUAAUACAUUUCCCAACAGAUGUCUUGGAAGGUAAUAUUGGUUUCUUGAGUGUUAUUCGUUGUCAAUUGAUCAGCUCAAGGGUAGCUGAUUUUAACUUUUACUGAAUGUUUUUUAACUGUUUGUUACAUUAAUAAAACCUUGCAUGUGGUUA